GUCAGUUAUAUACAGGGUGAGCAGUUUUAAAAAAUAAUGUAUUUUUUAAAGUCUGCAGAUUUCGACUAAAAUUAGUAUGUGAGUACUUUAGAAGGAAUCGUAUUUAGUCAAAAAAGGUCCCCUAAAUAAAAAUAUUAAAAAGCGUCCUUUUGGUUUGUGUACUUGGACCAGUUUAAAAGCAGCCAAUCAUUAUCAUUCAAUAACGGUAUAAAAGGGUUUUCUCGAUCUUCCUCUUGAUCCGAACCAACUCUCAUUUCGCCUUUGCUCGGUGUUCUUCGUCACAUUCGUAAAAUGCUUAGUUCUUGUUUUUACAAUUUCUAUAUCGAGGGAAGUUCUGGAUCAGUUAACACUAAACUAAUACCAGAAUACGCAAAAAGUUUGGCUCAAAAUGGAAUUGAUGGAGUUUUGGUUCAUGGAACGUCCGGAGAAGGAAUGUCCAUGACAGUAGCCGAAAGAAAAUCAGUAGUCGAAGAAUGGGUAAAAGCAGUAAAAACUACAAAACAACAUUUAAUGGUACAAGUAGGCGGAUGCCCUCUGCCAGAUGUUCUCGAGCUAGCAAAACACGCUGAAAAGGUUGGGGUAGAUUCAAUAUUGUGCCUUCCUGAAUUGUAUUUCAAACCCAGCACAGUAAAGGAGCUUAUAAAUUAUUUAAAACCUAUUGGAGAAGCUGCUCCUAAAACUCCAUUGUUGUAUUAUCAUAUUCCUGGUUGGACUGGAAUUAACAUCAAUAUGGAACAAUUUUUAAACCAAGUUGGUGAAGUUAUUCCAAAUUUCAAAGGUAUUAAGUACACCUCCAACGAUUUAGAUGGUGGCUUAGCUGCUCUUAGAGUUAAAAAUCGCCAAUUUGCCGUAUUUUUGGGAGCUGAUACACUAGUAGCACCCGCUCUUUCUAUGGGAUUUGACUCUAUCAUCGCUACUUCACUAAAUAUGUUACCUCAAUACUCAGUAGCGAUUGCAAAAGCUAUCAAAGAAAAUAAUAUAAUCGAAGCUAGAAAAAUACAGGAUGAGUUAUCUGCAAUUGUAGCAGUUAUUACCAAAAAUGGUGCUUGGGUUCCAACUAUGAAAGUAGCCACUACCUUAUUAACGCAGAUUGACGUCGGAAAAGCUAGGCUACCACUUUUAAAUUUGACCGAUGAGCACGUGACGGAGAUGAAAGAAUCGUUAAAAAAAGUGUCUCUUCUAUGAUGAAAUAAAGUAACUUUUAAAAACUGUAACAGUUUUUCAUUAAUAAAUCAAAAGGCUAG